GCAAGAGAGCGAGCGAGAGAGAGACGGAGAUGGAGGAGGAGAUGCAGCCGGCAGAGGAGGGUCCCUGCGUCCCCAAAAUCUGUAAGCAGAGAAGCCCCUACAGCGCCCUCAAGACGUUCACUUGCAAGAAACUGGUGGGUAAGCGGUACGACAGACCGACCAUGGUGGAGAUCCCGCAGCUGGGAGCCGGCGGGGGGCAUCACCACCACCCCCAGCAGCAUCAACAACAACACCUUCAGCAUCAGCAGCCCUCCAUCAUCAGCAGCAGCGAGCCACCGCAGCCGCCUUUCCCUUACGAGAACGGGCCCGGGUCCAAAGCGGCAACAUCCUCGUACUCCUCUUCCUCCACCUGCCCGACGGUGGCUUCGCUCAGCAGUCAGCAGAGGCACGGCUCCGGGCGCUACGCUGCUGCCCUGGGGCACGAGCCCCCCGACUCACAACCGGGCCUCAGCGCAGGGGUCUGCAGCCGUAGUUUCCAACCCAUGAAGUAUGGGCCACUUGGGAAGUGUAAAAGGUUUUCAGAAAGCCGCAUGAUUUUAGAUGCCUUUGCCCAGCAAUGCAGUCGGGUACUAAGCCUCCUCAAUAACAAUGGAAGGUUCCUUGAUCCCCGGCCAUCCCAGUCAGUGGUGUCUCACAUAAAACAAGAAGAUGAAUGUUAUGGGGAAAGAUCUGUCCAGUGUCAGAUGGUCAAAGGUGGUGGCCCCGGGGAGCUGCAGACAUCGGACAGCCUAGACAUGGAGAUUCAAUAUGUACAGAAGAAGCAGCAGACAUCUGCCUUACUCCGGGUCUUCACAGAAUCUCUUCAGAGCUACCUGAUAGCUGGGAGCCGGCCCUCUCAGAGUACUUCCGCUGCAAAUGACUUUUGUCAUGCCAGUGACAUAGAUCCAUUGUCCUCUUCCCCUGUUCAUACUGUUGCAGGCUGGACAUCUCCUGCCACCUCUGAGUCUCAUGGCCACCCCUCUUCCACUCUCCCAGAGGAAGAGGAAGAGGAGGGAUACUGCCCCAGGUGUCUGGAGCUAGAGCAAGAAGUCCUGUCGCUUCAGCAAGAAAAUGAAGAACUGCGCCGCAAGCUGGACAGCUUUCCAGUUCCCUGCCAGAAUGUCUUGGACUAUUUCAAAAGGGUGCUUCAACAGCACAACCAGUUUGUGCAGCCGCCAUCAGAAGAGCAGCUAACAGAGGGAAGCAAGCAGUUGCUGGGCAACUAUCCUGUUUACAUCACCAACAAGCAGUGGGAUGAGGCUGUAAACUCGUCCAAGAAAGAUGGAAGGAGGCUUCUGCGCUAUCUGAUUCGGUUUGUGUUCACCACAGAUGAGCUCAAGUAUUCUUGUGGAUUGGGAAAGAGGAAGAGAUCCGUGCACAUGGGUGACUUGGGCCCAGAAAGGCGUCCCCUCAACCCAGUUAAAGUAACCUGUCUCAGAGAGUUUAUAAGAAUGCACUGUGCCUCCAAUCCAGACUGGUGGAUGCCUUCCGAGGAGCAGAUUAACAAGGUGUUUAGCGAUGCAGUGGGCCACGCUCGGCAGGGACGGGCGGUAGGGUCCUUCCUCAGCACCAGCACUCCUGGAAACAAUAUUGUGACCUUCGAGAGCUUCGAGAGCCAUUUGUCACAAGAUGAAAUGUUUGCCAAGGGAUCUCAAGAUGGAACUGGGGAAUGAAGUGAAGAACGUCUCCUACAAGUCUGUUGGCCACAGAGGAGCAUUUGCAGCACUUGGCGUCUCACUGGUGCAUUUUUAACUUACCACACAGUAAUAGAGUCUCAAGUUAUUUGGUCACUCCAUGCUUUCUACAAGCACUCUCAUGUCCUCUACUGGACAAUGAUCACUUUAAAUCAGAGAAACUGUAAUUUCACAUUUAUGGUUGUGGCGAAUGAGAUGUUGAGACUGUUGAGAUGGCAACACUGCCUUUGUUAAGAACAAACAAAGAAGAAGAAGAUUGAUAGUUUUAGGCAGCCAUGUUUAUUUUGGAUGGGUCAAUUUAAGUUUUAUAGUUUACUGAAAAAAAGUCAAUUAAAUCUUUUCUCAGUUGAAAGCAUUCUGCCAAAAUGGAGAAACCUGGAUUUUAUCUUUUACCAACUCAGCAAGGUAGAAAUUAAGGCAGUGGCUGCUUGGUGAACCACGUGUCAUGGGCAGGAGUGAUGAUCAGAAAAGGAGACACCUCUUUGGGCAGGGCAUUUGCAUGGUGUGACAAGAAUUUGAGCAGCAUUGUUGAAUGAGCGAACGGGUGGGGCAGUGCAAUCAUGGAACAACACAUAUAGAAGGUGAAUGGGACUUCUAGACUGGGAAUUAUUGUGGGUCUAAAACAGCAAGAAAAUAAGAUGUACCUUUAUUUAAACAAAUUUAACAUCCACAAUUUGAAAAAGGGUGGUGCGUUCAUUAGUGGUGCUGCAGAAUCCUGGGUGCCUGUUCUACCUGAGUCUUCAGAGUUUCUUCUCCAGAUACUUCUGUUUCCUCCCCGCUUUUAAAGACUUGUAGGUUAGGCUGCACUAUCUGAUUAUGAGAGGCUGUGGGGAGGUUUGUGCUCCGCCGUACCCCUGUGCUGAUUUCUAUCUUGACCUUUGUGCUACCAAGAAAGGUUGUAGAUCACUGUGGCUUAGUAUUGAAAUAAGCAUGGCCAGGAAAUGGAAAUGAAGGGUUAAAAAUGCUUUUUUUUUUUUUAACUUUCUGCAUAAAAUGGCCUAAAUAAGGUGGCAAAUCAGUACCAUCACAAAUUAUUCCAAAAUUAUUUUUAUUUUAAGUUUGAUUGUUAAGGGCUUCUGCGAAUUUGAUCAUUAUUAUAUGCUUUCACGACUCUUCCCAUGCCAAAAUGGAGGUGUACAAAGUCCGAAAGCUUUAAGCCUGGCUGUUCUUCAUCUCCGAGCAAAGUUUGCCUCCCAAACAAUUAUUUGUGGUUCUCAUCAAAGUGAUUUUCUGGAAAUCAUAUAUCAUGAGAUCAAUCUGGUAAUUUGAAAUAGUGAUAGCACCUCCUGUCCAUCAAUGUUAGAAUUUUGGAACCUUUCUUGGCAGCAUAAUCAAGGUGAAGUAACAACAAGAAUACAUUUACUGUAUACAGCUGGAAACUUGUCAAGGGGAAAACACACAAAUGUUAGAAGGUUUUUCUUCACAAAG